GUAUCACUUCUGCAACGUUUUGGAAAGAGAGCAGAAACUUUUCAUAGCGGUGCGUACCAACAAAGAAUUAAUUUCCAAGAUUCCUCUGGAAGCUCGGUUGUUCGAAGUUUUGAUGACUGUGGUCAUAGUGAUCAUGUGCGAUCUCAUUCACCAUUAAAACAAAUAAAAAUUUAUUCGUUUCGUUCGAUACCUUCAGAUGAUGAACAAUUAAUUCGUUCAUCAUGGCACUCAGUGGUACUUAAAUUGGAUGCCAUGAGGCAAACAUUUGGUUGGCUUGUUUUUUGUCGAGUAUUUACUAAAGCACCUCAAUUAUUAGAAGCUUUUCAAGCUAAUGAAUAUGAAUUAAUCGACGAGGCACCAUCUGAUCAUUUAUUACGUCGACAUACAAAGUUAUUUACUGAAGUCGUUGAUUUAACGGUGCGUAAUAUUAAUGACAUCGAAACUGGCAUAGCUCCGACUUUAUUUACCUAUGGACAAAGGCAUUAUACGUUUACUCAUUCGAAAUUCUUCAAUGAAAAAAAUAUUCGGCUUUUUUGUAGUGAAGCGGUUGGUACUAUUUUCGACUUAUUACAAGAUGACAUGGAAUCGACAUGUCUGGGCGCAUGGAUCGCAUUAAUGCGAUAUAUGGGAAAUAAAUUACUGGAGGGCUUUCAAUAUGAACACCUCAAUAAUACGAAGAAACUUGCAAUCAGUACCACUGACCACAAAAUUUUUAUUUUUUGA